GUCCGGCCACAGGGGAUACUUUUAGCAGGCUUGAAUCUCUCUCUCUCUCUCAUAACAUCUCAAGUUGUAAUCCUAGUAGCCUCACUCUCUCCAGAAUGUUCCUCACACACUUCUUGCACAACGCCCUUCUCGUCUCAUUCACGGUCAUUGGUCUCUUCCGGUUCUCCCCCAGUCUUGCAUCGACGACCAAGUCUAGUAAACCCCCCGUCUCAGCCCGAUGUGGGAUACAUCUGUUGCACGGAGAUCCCGGGUUUUUCAAUUGUAUGACCGAUGAGCAACAGGAAUUUUCAUGCGCGGACGACUCUUGUGAGCAUGCUGGAUACGGUUGGAAAGAUUUCAUGUUCAAACAAUGCCGGGAGUACAACCCGGACAACACGCUGAGCCAGACGUAUCAGGACAUUUAUGUGGACACGUUUCUAGCCUAUAAUGCGAACUUGUGGGUCGAGGCCCAGGAGAAAAAGACGGCCAAGAGCUUCGAAUGUAGUUGGACCGAGCAUGGACCUGAUAAACGCUUUAAUGCGCGAAGACCUACUUGUCACAGAUGUCAGCUCAUUCCAGAGCAAUGA